AAAUAUUAUUCCAAGUUGGAUAAAUAAUGUUGGAUUUUUCAAUUAUAAAGAAACCACUUAUCUUAAAACAAAAUUGGAUCAAAUUAAACCACAAUAUUAUAGUAUGAUGAUUAUUAAACCAAGUUCGUUUAUAAGUCAUAUUGAAACCGAACAGAGAAGUAACACGUACCUAGGUAUUUUUGGAGUUAUAGGCGGUGCUUGGGGAUUAGUUGUUGGAUUUUAUGCUUUUCUAUUCGGCGAGUCAUUAAUCCAUCCGUGGGGUUUUAUACAGAAAAAUUGUUGUAGAAUUAAAUCAAAAACACAGAGUAAGUUAAGAAAAUCAUUAUCUAUUUUACCGUUAACUGAUUCUUCGAUAUUGGAUGAAAAGGAUAAAGUAGAAGAAGUGUCUGUAGAAGAAUUUAAUCGGAUGAAAGAAAAAUUGAAAUCUUUAGAAAUUUUAUUAAGAGAGUAUGUUAUAGAUGUUAAGUUUCUACAAAGUGUUGAAAAUGGUAAUAUUAGGGAAGCAUAA